AUGCACACCGUUCGGCGAGCGUGUUCCGUCCAACUGAUCGCGCCGCGCGCACUCCUCCGGAACCAGCCUACACGGAACGUCUACGGAACGCUACACCAUGCGGCGUUAACCAGCGUACCGCCGCGGGCACAUGGCCGAGGGCCGACUCGGGUGCAGAGUGGCGCGUACAGCACCGUCGCGGCCGCAGAGGAGGCUCCUGGGAAGACGAAGGUGUGGGAUUCGGUCGAGGAGGCGAUUGCGGACGUGAAGAGCGGGGACGUCCUGCUGAGCGGAGGGUUCGGACUCUGCGGGACUCCUGACACGCUUAUUGGCGCGCUCGCUGAGAAGAAGGAUGGAGUGAAGGAACUGACUGUCGUCUCCAACAAUGUUGGUUCUGGAGUUAUGGGUCUUGGCAAGCUCUUGCAUUCUGGCCAGAUCGACAGGGUCAUGGCUUCCUACAUUGGCGGCAACAAACACUUCGAAGGCUUGUACCUGAAGGGCCAAAUCUCCCUCGAACUCAUCCCUCAGGGUACCCUUGUCGCGCGUUUGCAUGCCCAUGCCGCCGGCUACCCUGCCUUCUUCACCCCAACCGGAGCGUCGACCGCGGUCGAAGAAGGGUCUAUCCCUGUUCGUCUCGGGCCCGACGGCAAAUCCGUCGCCAUCCCGGGGAACAAGAAGGAGGCGCGCGAGUUCAACGGACGGCGCUACGUCAUGGAGCCCUCGAUCGUUGGCGACGUCGCGUUCGUGCGCGCCUGGAAGGUGGACGAGGUCGGCAACUGCGUCUUCCGCUACGCGGCGAACAACUUCUCGGCGACAAUGGCGCGCAACGCGAAGCUGACGAUCGUCGAGGCGGAGGAGAUCGUGCCCGUGGGCUCGCUCUCGCCGAACGCGGUGCACCUGCCCGGGGUGUACGUCGACCGCAUCGUCAAGGCGACGGCGCCGAAGCAGAUCGAGUUCAUGACCCUCGCGAAGGAGGGCUCGGCCAAGGAUGAGACGUCGGCGGACCCGGUGAAGCAGCGCGCACUGGAGUUGCGGAACAGAAUUGCGGCACGUGCGGCGAAAGAGCUCAAGGACGGCUUCUAUGUCAAUCUCGGAAUUGGGAUGCCUACGCUUGUGCCCGAGUUCCUCCCAUCGAACGUCAAAGUGUGGCUUCAGAGUGAAAACGGUAUACUUGGCAUGGGUCCUUACCCCAAGAAGGAGGAGGUUGACGCCGACAUUAUCAAUGCCGGCAAGGAGGUCGUUACCCUUUUGCCUGGAUCUACGGUAUUUGACUCCUAUGACUCCUUUGCGAUGAUUCGCGGAGGUCAUAUUGACGUUGCAAUUCUUGGCGCCAUGCAAGUCUCACAGAAGGGCGACAUUGCUAACUUCAUGAUCCCGGGCAAACUCGUCAAGGGCAUCGGUGGUGCUAUGGACCUGGUCUCGAACCCGGACAAGACGAAGGUCAUUGUGGUUAUGGAGCACUGUGCAAAGGAUGGCAGCCCGAAGAUCCUGAAGGAGUGCGCGUUGCCGCUAACUGGCGCUCGGACCGUCAGUCUCAUCAUUACCGAGCUUGCGGUGUUCGAGGUCGACCGGUUGGGAGGCGAGCUCACGCUGACGGAACUCGCGGAGGGCGUGACUCUGGACGAGGUCAAGGCGAAGACCGGGUGCGACUUCAUGGUAUCGGACACGCUCGGGCGAAUGUGA